AUGGCGUGCGUGUCUGAUCAAGUGUUGUCUGCUACGCCUGCUAUUGCGGAAGAGCUGAGCGAGGUUGAAGCCUCCCCGUCGCGGCUAUCCCCGAACCUUCCCGUCAAGGAAGCUCGCCAGCGCCGCCAGGACUUUCACCAAUGGCUAUCCAGCAAGGCGCGAGCCUCUCAACAUCGCAAGAGCCGGCGCGACACGGGCAGCGAUACCCCCAGCAACGACAAUUCCGGCAAGGACAGUUGCUUCAGUGACAGUCCCAGCAGCAUCAGCAGCAGGAGCAGCCGAACAAGCCGUAGCAGCACAAUGACCACCAGCACCAGCAGCGACGGCUCUGGAAGCUCCGCGGGUCUGUCUGCAGUCACCAGUGAGGCGGAAAUCGAACCUCAGGCGGUCGACGCGGUCGACGUGGGCGACGUGGGCGAGAGUGGCGACAUCCAUGCGACGACGGACGACGAGGACGUGGUGUCGACGGAGCAGCAGCAGGAGGAGAUGGCUCGCCGCUUGGAGCAGCGGCUCAUGUCGGCCGAGAAGAAACGUCUGGAGCGCGAGGGCAGCAAGAGAGAGCAGCAGGUCAAGUCGGCGCAGCUGCGCCGCCAGGUGCGCGCAGCGGCGCAGCAGCGGCUCGAGGCGUGGGUGGCGGGUGUGGCGCAGCAACGCGAGGAGCGCGCGGAGAAGGCGCAGAGUAACCGCGCGGCCAUCCUCACGGCGGGGCAAAAGAAGCGCGCGCAGCACUUGGCGCUCGUUUCCACGCGCACUGCGCAACGCGCCCGUCAGGAACACGUACCGCUUCGCAUUUUCCGCCUCCCUCCCCGUUCUCCCUUCUCUCCCACCAGAAUCGAGCAGGAGCGCGCAGCGCAGCUCCUCCAGGCGCUCUCGGACCGCAUCGCCGCCGCGUCGUCGAAACGCGACGCGCGCCUGUUGGCGGAGCGACAGCGCGCGGCGGCGCAGUGGGAGCAGGCGCGGCAGGUGGCGGCGACCGUGGUGGAGCAGCGGCAGCGCGAGAACCGCGAGCGGCGGGAGCGGCUGGAGCGCAAGGUGGCCAAGGCGCGCGGAAGGCGCGCGGAGAUGCUGCGGCGGAAGGGCGGCGGGCGCAGGAGCGCGCUGUACAACCAGACGCUCUGCCGCCGCGUGCAGUGGCAUCUACUCUCGCGCCGCCUCCUGCGCUGCUGGCGCCAGUUCAAGGGCGCCAACAAGACCACACUCGAGCUCGCGCGCGCCUUUUGCGCUUGCCAAGUCAGCCGCGCGCGCCUCUCCCGCCUGCCCUUCCCCCUCGUGGCCGCGCGCAUCCAGUCCCCCGUGUCCCUCGCCGCCACCGACGCGUUUCUGCAGCGCCUGCACGCGCGCCUGCUCGUGUCCUCCGCCGUCGUUUCCGCCUCCCCCGCCGCGUCCCCCGCCCCGUCCCCCGCCAGCACCCCCUCAUCCUCCCCCGCCGCGUCCCCGCAGAAGCAGCCGGGCGCGGGCAGUCAAACCGCGGGCGCAGCUGGCGUGUGCGAUAUCGACCACCUGUUAGCGCAGGUCGCGCCUCCCCCAAGCAAACCCAAGCCCUCAUCAUCAUCAGCAGCAGGGGCUAGCAGCGCAGUCGCAUCUACCACCGGCGGAACGGCCGCGAGAGGCGGAGAGGUGGCGCGGAAGGGGCGGUAUCCGCCGCGCGUGUUCCUGUGCGCGUACAUGAUCGUGCUGCACCCCGAAGCCGUGCUCUCGUGCCUCACGGGCGAGCGCGAAUCCGCCCUGCGCGUCACUGCUGCCGCCCUCGUGAAGGCGUUUGAAGGACUCGCGCGCUUCCUGCUCACCCGACCCACCCCUUCUUCUGCUGCCACUGCUUCAGCCUCUUCUGCCUCUCCAGCUGCUCCGGCCACAAGUCCCUCCACCGCGACUGCAACUGUGUCGAGUGCGCCUCCUGCCGCGGCUGCUGCCGCUGCUGGUUCUACUUCUGCUGCUGCGGGUGGAAAGAAGGCGGCAGCAGCGAAGCCGUUUUCACAGCACCUGGCGGAGUUUGACGCGGCGUGGGUGGAUUACCUCGAGAGAUUCGUUGCUUGGAAGGCGCGAGACAAGGAGCGCAUGGAGGCGGACAUGGUGAGCAUGGCGUGUCAGAUGCACGCCAGCAUGCUGCGCCGCACCGCACACCUCCCCGACGAGCGCAUAUCGGAGGACCUCCGAGCCAUCCGUGAACAGGUGGCGAAGGACAUUCCCAUGCUGCGCAGCAAGCUGAGGGGGCUGGCGGGGGAAGCAGGGGUGGCGCGCAUGGACGAGGCCCUCGCCCGCACCCAACGAGACUUCCUUGCUGGCACUCUCCCCGGAUCUCCCUCCGCCUCCCCUUCCCCCUCCCCCUCCCCGUCGCCUUCCCCCUCGCCUUCCCCGUCGCCCUCCCCCUCCCCUGCUGUCUCCGCCACUCCUUCCCCCGCCUGCUCCCCGUUCACCCUCUCUCGUGCCUCCCCGGGUGCCUCGUCCCCCACCCUCUUCUCCCUCUCCUCCCCCACCAACCCAAGCCCUCUCUCUGCCACUGCCACUCCCACUGCCACUGCUAAUCCAUCCUCAGCUGCAGCAGCAGCCACCAGCUCUGCUGCUACCGCUGCUCCCUCCAGAGUCCCCAAGGCCCGUCGCUCGCUCUUCCAGUUCUCCUUCCCGCCCAGCAAGCCAGCUCCGGCUGCAGGCUCGGACGACGCAUCCAAGGCUGCAAGGGAGCUGCACCUCAGCCUCUACCGAAGCUCCACCCUCGCGGCGUCCGCUGCUGCCUCUACUGCUGCUGGUGCAGGAGCAGCGGCACAAGGAGGCGGGGACCUGGAGGCGAGGAUGAAGGUGAGCAGUGAGCUGUCACUGGUAGCCUGCUGUGCCGUGUACUUGCUCCAUUCACACGUCACCACUUGCUUUGCUGCUCACCUCACCUUCCCCUCUUGCUUCGGCUCUUUCACCCGAGCACCCCUCCCCCCACUGCCAUCCCCCCUGCGUGCUGCCUCCCUCUCCCCCCGCAAGGCGGCCAUGCACCGCGCCUUCUGGGGCGCCACUCUUGGCUCCUGGCUCACCUCGACUCCCCAUCCACCUUCCAUCGCCUCUUCACAAUCCGCUUCUUACCUGUGCUCCCAUUCCCCUCCCCUUCCCACCUAUCCGCCUCUGCCCACCGCCCCUGCCCACCUCUCCCUACCAGGCCGCCUUGCACUGCGCCUUCUGGGACGCCACACUCGCCUCGCUGCUUGCCUCGACUUCCCUCCCCAUCCCCUCCCCUGGCUCACCUCCCUCUCCUACUCCCCCCCUCCCCCCCACCAGGCCGCCAUGCACCGCGCCUUCUGGGACGCCACACUCGCGUCGCUGCUGGCCUCGCCGCCCGACACGGCAGCAGCGGCGCGCCUGGUGGGCGAGCUGCGGGAGGAGCUGCUGCGCGUUGCCCCGCGCGCCUGGCAUGACGAGGUCACAGCCAACCUUGCUCUGGAUGAGGCUGACCUUGAGAAGAUGCUCACACACGGCACCCCCGACGCCUUCCACAGUCUGCACGCGCUGCUCGCCUAUGCCACGGAUCUCACUCUGCGCCUCGGCGCGCCCUUCCGGGACGACGCCACGCGUGCCGCCUUGGCACGGCUCAACCAGGAGCUGGGCACGCUGGUGGCGACAGGUGGCACGCGCUCAUUGGCAGAUGCGGUGGUGAAAGGGCUCAAGUUUGCCUUUGAGCGCCUGGAGGAGCUCAAGGCGGACAUAGCAGCAGCACGAGCUCGUCUCACGCCCCUCGCCACCACCGCCGCUGCUCUCCAAGCUGCCCUCACCAAACGUUUCGACCUGCCCGUGUACCCCACCCCUGCUGCCCUCACUGCCUCCCCGUCCUCGCCUGCUCUCUCCCUCUCAACCAUCAAGGAAAAACUUCCGCGCACUUUCUCCUGGGUUGCCAGCUCUCUCAGCCAAUCCAUCCCCUCUGCACGAACCGAGCUUCAACCAUACCUUGCCACGUCAGCAUCCACUUCCUCCAGCUCAGCAGCAUCGUCAGCAGCUGCCACUCUCCCUUCUGCAUCCGCCCUCCGCACUGGCCAGCGUGCUUUGGCUUCUGGCACAAGCACAAGCGGCAGUGGGACUGGGUCUAUCGACUGGGCGGCAGCAGCGUGUGUGGUGCGCGUGGGUUUGGUGGAGGUGGUGAUGUCAGCGGAGGGCGCGGAGGGUGGCAUGGUGGCAGAGGUGCUGUGGCUGGACGUGGGGAAGCUGAGGCACGCCCAGAACGGGUUCCAGUGUGUCGUUGUGGUGGCCAUUGGUCUGCUGCUGCUGCGUCAGCUACUGGCAGCACGAGCCAUCCUGCCAUCGCCAGCAGUGGAGGCCGUGGUAGCCGCCACGCGCAUCACCCUCGCCCGCCUCGUCUCCUCCCCCGACGCCUCCCGCCCUGCCCUCGCCUCGGCCCUCGCCGACGCCGUCAUCGCUGCAGCCAACACCAAGACAGCCCCAACAGCAGGAGCUGAUGCUGCCGUUGCCGCUGCCUCCCCAGACAGGGCAGGCAUCGAGGCGCUGGCGUCAAGCCUGCUGCUGCGAGCGCUGAACCCCACCGACGCCAUCUUCCUGCGCGUCCGUGCUUCUGUUGCUGCCGCCCUGCGCGCCCUGCUGCUGCUGCGCCCCGUCAGCCAAUCGCAAGCUCUGCUGGCCGCCCAGGCUGCGCUGAGAAAGGCUGCGGCUGGGGACCUGCUGAGCGGGAGUGAGGAGGGUGAUGGAGGAGAGGGCGUGGGAGUGAUUAAGGUGGUGAGGCUGGUCGAGGAGAUGUCUGAUGUGGUGCUGGCAGUGCAUGAGCCGCUGGUGCGUGUGGCCAUGGCUGAUGCCACUGCGUCAUAG